AUUGUUACAUUCUGGUGUGAGUUGGACGAGUUGAAGAUUUCAAGUCUCGAGCAAUGGCAUCUGAAUAUUUCUCAAGUCUUCAAUACAUCUGGCUGAAUAUCGUUUUCUUUGUCUUCUCUCUGUUUCUGUUUGGAGUUUGCCUCUACGCAUGUCUUUUUGUAAGAUGGGUUUACAAGAGAAGAUUACGUCAAAAAUCUGAUGAGAUGAUUAAUGCUUAUAAAGACGAAGAGAAUAAAAGAAAAGAAAUGGAAUUCAAUAUUAAGAGACAAGAGUUGGAACCGCCUGAGAGAAAGAGAAGAAGCUCAUCGAGAAAAAAUAAGAAUAUCCAUAUCAUCGCCAAGCCUUGCAAUCAUGUCAUAGAAAAAAACAGCAAAGAAGUUAUUGUUCGUCAAGUCAACGAGGUUCCAAAUGAUGAAGUUGGAUGUUCACCGAUUCCUCGUCCUCUUUCUCAACCGGUUCAACCCAUAAAUCAUGUUCAACAAGCUCCACCGCCACCUCAACAGAUUCUAAAUUUGCAGCAGCAUUAUCAGACUCAAUAUGUUUUGGUUCCAGUUGAAAUGCUGAGAAAUAAGAAAAUUCGAAGAACUCGCUCAACUGACGUGGAUCCUGACACACCAACCCCUCAACUCAUUCAACAACCCCAGAAACUUAUCGUCGAAAGUGUCUCAACUCAAACCUCGGAUCGAUCAUUGAAUGCUGGCUCUGAACUUCAGAAGAAGACAUCAGAGGAUUGGCUUUCCGGAUUUGAUGACAGAGAUGGAGAAAGAAUUGAUUUGGAUGAGGAAACUGAUGAAGUUGAUAGUGAUAAAGUUAUGAAGAGACGCAGAGAAUUUGAGGAGAAGAAGUCUUGUAAACGUGGAAAUGAUCAUGAACAGGCAUCUAGUGAGACAAGAGUUUCUAUUGAAAGUGAUGCUCCACCAAAUCCUGCUCCUCCACCAUCGACAACUCCAGAAACAUCUUCCACUACUCCGUCAACUGUCACUUCUUCUACUUCUGAUCCUAACGCACCAACCGCUUCUGACGCUGCUUCCGGAACUGGAACUGGAACUGAAUCGUCUGAUACUCCUGCUUCAUCGGCACCACCUACUUCUGCAGCUUCCGGCCCACCGGCACCAAAGUCUAAUGAUAAGGAUUCGACGGGAGAUAAGAUCUAUGUUAAGAGUGAAUAUUGUGGAGCACCGGGAGAAAAAGUCACUACAAUCUCUUCAAACGUUUCUAGUCAACAACCAAAAUCCAAGGCUCCAGCUCCACGUCCAUCAAUUUUUCCGUAUUUUGUUGAACCAAAAGCUCCGAGUUCCGAUGUUUCAACUAGUAAAGCAUCUUCAAAGAUGACCAAUCCGGAUCCUGGAAACUCUGGAUCUUCUUUUGCUCUGUAUCGCGAAAAGCAAAAGAAGAUGGCCACUGAUUCUGCAAAAGUUUACAAUGGACCUACAAAAAAGGAAAAGGAUCCAAAAUGAGCAUACAUCCAGUCGAGAACAUUUUUACAUUUACUUUUUUUAAAAUUUAUUUUUGUUUCAAUUCGUCUUUAAAUGAUCUGCGUCUCUCGUUUUUCUCAUUAUCGUAAAUAUUUUAUUGUUGUAUAAUAAAUCGCAGUU